AUCACUCUUAUCCGUCUUCAUAGCCCAUAUCAUCAAUGGCGUCCAUGGCUACCACUCUCACUUCUCUUUCUUCCAACCCAAAACCAGCUUUCUUCGACAACAAGUCCUCCUUCCAUGGCUCUCCCAUCUCCUAUCGUGUCCUUCCCAUCAAGGUCUCCCACCAAAGCCCCACAAUUUCCAUGUCCUCCGUCUCUCCAUACGAUCUUCAGAGCUUCAAGUUCGAACCCAUCAAGGAGUCCAUCGUUGCGCGCGAGAUGACUCGCCGUUACAUGAUGGACAUGAUCACCUACGCCGACACCGACGUCGUCAUCGUCGGAGCCGGCUCCGCGGGGCUCUCGUGCGCGUACGAGCUCAGCAAGAACCCGUCAAUCCGUGUGGCGAUAAUCGAGCAGUCCGUCAGUCCCGGCGGCGGCGCGUGGCUCGGGGGCCAGCUGUUCUCAGCCAUGGUGGUGAGGAAGCCUGCUCAUCACUUCCUUGAUGAGCUUGGCAUCGAGUAUGAUGAGCAGGACAACUACGUUGUGAUCAAGCAUGCCGCUCUGUUCACUUCCACCAUCAUGAGCAAGCUCUUGGCCAGGCCUAAUGUGAAGCUCUUCAACGCCGUGGCCGCUGAGGAUUUGAUUGUGAAGGAAGAGAGGGUGGCCGGCGUAGUCACCAACUGGGCUUUGGUUUCAAUGAACCACGACACACAGUCCUGUAUGGACCCCAAUGUGAUGGAGGCGAAGGUGGUGGUGAGCUCUUGCGGCCACGACGGGCCCUUCGGAGCCACAGGAGUCAAGAGGCUGAAGAGCAUUGGGAUGAUUGACAGCGUCCCCGGCAUGAAGGCCCUUGACAUGAACACAGCAGAGGACGCCAUUGUGAGGCUCACCAGGGAGAUUGUGCCUGGAAUGAUCGUUACAGGCAUGGAAGUUGCAGAGAUUGAUGGGGCUCCAAGGAUGGGUCCUACCUUUGGGGCUAUGAUGAUAUCGGGGCAGAAGGCUGCACAUUUGGCAUUGAGGGCGCUGGGGCAGCCCAACGCCAUUGAUGGGAACUACACAGAAGCUGAAACUAUGCAACCGGAGCUGAUUCUUGCUGCAGCAGAGACAGGGGAGAUAGUAGAUGCCUGAGAAUUUGUACAAGGGCAGUUUAGAUGAUUGAGAAGUUGAAUAAAUAAAGAGAAAAUGAGGACACUAAAUAGGGAUGAAUGAGAUUUAUGUUGAUAUGAUGGAUUUGGAGGGAUUGGGAUUCGAUUUCUUGUUCAUGGGCUUUGAUUAAAAGUAAAAGUAAUGGGUAGUUUUUUUCUUCCAA